UGGCGAUAACAAUAGCAGUUUCUAUGAGCUCGAGUCUUUUCAGAACUUUCCAGGUCAGUCCGAACUGUGGAACUGCUCGUGUCAUGUGCUCGUAACUGUACGCGUUGUGUGACGUCACAUGUGUUUGCGCCUGUCACUGACGCCCGGGGACCGGCCCGAUCGUUCUUUCCUCCUAGCUUACCUGCAACUGGUCGAUCCAAAUCAACUACCGCCGAGCGUGACGGAUGGGAGAGUCUCGUGCAUGGACAGUGGCGACCGGUACUGCUAUCACCUCUGCGCUGAGUACAUGCGCCACGGGGCUCUAUGUUGCAUUUUCGCGCAAUAACAGGGGGACUGGGGGGUAUCUUGCAAGUUCUGCUGCAUUGAAUAGCGCUAUAAGUGCUGCAACUUUCUUUUCCGUUCGGGAGUAUGUAGUGAGUCCUGGAAUAGAAUUUUCCACUGGAGUCCCAACGGAUUAUACCGAUGAAAGUCCAACACGCAUGCGCACAGACAAGGUGCUUGAUAGCACGCUGAGCGGAGCUGUCAUGGGUGGCUUGCUGCGGGGGCUUACGGUUGGUCGACGGGCGGUGCUACCAGCUGCGAUGACGGUCGGGCUCGCAUGCGCGUUUUUGCAAGUGGGAUACAACGAAUUACGCGUCCAGAGGAUCAACUACAUCACAAAACCUACUGAACCACCACCCUCCAUCCCCCAAGAAGACCCGGUUGUUGACUCGCGAUCCCUGGUUGAGAGAAUGUUGGAUGGCCUUGGCAUCCAGCAGAUCUCUGACGAAGAGACCAUAGCGCGAAUGAAGAAGCAACGUGAAAAACACCUGCAGAAGAUAGCAGAGCUUGAAACCCGCAUGGAAGAAGAAAGCACAGAGAGGGGAUCAUAGUAGUAGCGUAGAUUAUAGAUUUAUUGCAUUCACGCAUGUAAACCCUAAUAUCCUUAAGAUUUACACCACAUCUCAAUAAUUCCUCGAGCGUUGCUUGUGAGUCCGGCGACUACGAAGCGAUGUUGAUCGACUACAAGAGCAUUUGUUUUAGCGACACCUGUGCUUUCUUGCCAGAUGUUCACGAGGUGGCUUUCAUCGUCUUGACGAAAAAUCGUGUACUGGCUGACUGUCCCGAGUAGAGUGGAAAAAGUCACCGUCAACGGGUCGGAAAAGCUCCUGGAUAAUCAAUCACCCUUCGGCGAAUACGAGCCUCGGAUCCUACUCACAUUGCGACGAUAGGUCCCUCACUGACCUUCUCGAUCAGUUCGUGGCCAGGAUCGAGGCCGUCCCAUUUUCGGCGCUUUUUUGCGGCCUUGACACCCUUCUCACCACCGCAGCCGACCCAAAUACGUCCAUCAGCAGUUCCCGCGGCCAUAACGCCUGUCCCACCGAAUGCCGCAGACAUCAGAAAUGGAGGAGAAAGGGACAUGCCCUCUGUUGAUGCAGCCACAGCUUCUCAGAUGGUGACCCACAUGAGUCGAGGAGAGAGAAAAUCAAAUGACAAACGCACGUAUUUCUCGCCUGGAAAGGACUGUACCUUGAACGAAAUCGAAGUGCAAGAGGCAACUGUCGUAUCCUCCGCUGACUAUCUCUCGUGGUCUAUCUGGAAUGAAUUUGACCAGGCCACAAAUCUGGACCCGCAAUUGAGUAUUCGACAGCCAGAAGACGGUAUGAUCGCACGCUUGAAUGGUUUGUUUUCAUUCUCGAAACAAUCUUUGUGGACAAGUCGACCACUCCGACAGCACCGGAGUCCAUGCUGAAUGCAAGAUGUGUUUUUGCAGUAUUGAGUGCGAUCUGACUGAGUACGGUUCGCCUCAGGGUCGUUCCAGUAGUGUUUCCGCACCUCAUUCAAUACAUCAUCCCCUUUGUCUUCCACCUCGAUGACUUCGAGAGCAUCUGCCUCGAUUUGGACAAGUUUCUCCUGAUCCAUCCUGAAUAGAAGCAUCUUCACAGAUAUAAGAUUGCAUCUUUUGAGGCAUCAGGUGCCCAGAUGCGACGGACCUUGCAUCCUAAAGCUAACCAGACAUCCCGCAACUCCGACCCCGCUCUUUUGAGACAGGCAAGGGACGAGAUCUCCUCGCCUAAACCAUGCACUGCUCUCACAACUUUGGAUGAGGAAAGAUCAUAGACCCGGAGCGAGCCAUCAUCUGGGGGGCCUGUUUGAGAUCCCAGGAGUCUGUGUGUCGAGGACGGUGCGAUAGACGUGCCUGAUGCAGCAUACAGAUGUCCUGAAUGACCAAAUGCCAGCGCUGUGAUGGGAGCUGGCGUGUUUAGAGUGUGCUGCAGCGUGUAUUUUGGAAUGUUCUGUAGCAAGGUCUCGGCCAUAGUACAAAUGUGUGGCCUCCUUCCCAGACUUCUCCUCCCCGGCGUAGAUGAUGAUGUUUUUGGAAAACAGAGCGCUCACAAGCCCAUUGUGCUCUCAACCAUCUUCGAUGCCUACUCAACAGGCUCGGCAGCAGCUUGCAAUCUAGCUUCUGACUGUCGUAUCCUCCUCUUCUGUUUGUACCAUACCUAAUAAGAUUCGCACGGCCUUCACUACCAGGUCUUACACGCACCAUCUAUCAAGAUCAACGUUCGGAAAUGAACCUUGAUAUUUCCCUCACUAGGCGCGAUAAGGUUCAACAGCACCACUUGUUGUUCCCAUUUCCGUGUCGUUUACUCCGAGGUUAGAGUGGCCGUUCCCCCUCCGGUACUUUUCGCCAUCUCAUGCCGUCGGGAACGUGCCGGUCAGCUGCAUGCGUCUUCGAAUGCGCAGGUUUGAGAUAAAGCGUUCGAGGCAUCGCGUGAGAGGCCCGGCCUCGUCAUCUGGGUGACGAUCAUUGAGUCCAGUGUAGUCCAGUGUACUGCACAGGAUGUAAACUGACAGAAUGGCCACCCGUCACAACUCCACUAGUCUCUCUGUUCUUCCUUUCACCAGCGAUGCCCUCUGAAGACAUCUGCAUCUUCCACCACGAUGAACCGACAAGCAGCUCUGCUGUCUGCUCGUCAUGCCAUGCAGCCAUGAAAGACGUGGAAGUCGAGCUACAGCCGGACGCCUUAGUCUGUGCAGCAUGCCGGAACCGUCUCCUGCAGGUCAUCUCGGUCCUGUCUACGGACAGGCAUGGUGCCUCGCGACAGCGUCACAGACCGCGUGAAGACCUCCAGGAGUGUCCCGAGCCCUUGCUCAUACCGGUUCCCCCUUCCGCGCAUCCCUCUCUUUCAAGCCCUUCCUAUCGCCCCUUGCCGCCUUACUAUCCUCCCAUUGCGCUACGCUCCGAACCUGAGCCUCCCUUCGUCCAUGCUCAAGAACCAUGCGCCCAACCCCUCAAGCAGGUGUCUGACCCUCCCGAAACCGUCCGAUCACCCGCGCGCGGCUCUACUUAUGUGAAAUACCCCGACCCACUCACCGAUAUCACACGCCUGCGCGUACGACAGAAGUCCCACCAUGUUCUUCAUCCUGGAGCUACGUUCCAGGGCACACAAAAGAGCGGUCGUAACAGCUACGACGUGACUGUCACCAUCGUUGAUGUGGAUUUAAGUAGUUCAUUCUUGUGUGGCUACCUGCGUAUCCGAGGCUUGACGGAUGACUGGCCGGAGCUUACAACCUACUUUGACGCGGAGAUUAUUGGGCCUCGUUACGGAUUCCUCACUCAAGACUGGGGCGCAACGGAACAAGCGGACAUGGUUCACUGGGCUCGUUUCCCCGCUUUCCGACAUCUCAAACAAGAACUGUGCAAGCCGCGUUUGACGAUGCCUGAGCGAGACCGAGGUGCUGUGUUCAUGCGAUGGAAAGAAAGGUUUUUGGUACCAGAUCACCGGGUGCAGGACAUCAACGGCGCCAGUUUCGCGGGUUUUUAUUAUGUCUGUGUGGACUUGAAUCCCGCCCCGCAUCACAGCGAGUUCGACGGUGCGAUGGACGAUGAGCUCGGCCCUCUACCGGCAUGCUCCCCGGUUGCGGUCACGAGGUCGAGACGAGACUCGUCCGCCAGUCGCCGGACGCCGGCUACUGGGCUCUCAUCUGGGCCGCGGCCAGCCCUGAUGAGUGGGUUCUAUUAUCAUCAGAAUUCUGAACCAUACCAACAACUGACGUUGAACCACAUUCCUGAACGGACCAGCUGUAGCUUUGAGUUCCGCUGACUGUCGUAACAUAUGUAGCAGUAGUUAUCGUACUCACGCUCUAGUUGUCCUCGCUUUGUGUAUCUUUACCUCCGCAUCUCACACCU